UAGACCAUUUUUUAUGCUCUGCAAUACACAAAUUAUUCAGCCUUAACAAAGAGAUGAAGAUUCCAAGUAUUUGUUUGGUUCUUUUUGCUUUUGACGUCCUCUUUUUGUGUUCAUGGACAGUUUCGUCUAAUGGACAUGAUAAUUUUCUUCAAUGUAUGUACCUUCAAUCCAACAAUCUCAACUCAAUCUCCAAUAUCAUUUACACACCAAAAAAUAGUUCAUAUUCAUCCAUCCUCGAUUUCUCCAUACAAAAUCUUCGUUUCGCUUCAGAAACAACACCAAAACCAUUAGUCAUUGUUACCCCUGUGCAUGAAUCUCAGAUUCAACCUGUCAUUUAUUGCGCCAAAGAAAAUGGAAUGCAAAUACGGGUUCGAAGUGGUGGCCAUGACUUUGAAGGCCUUUCUUACACAUCGGAAGUCCCAUUUGUCGUCGUUGAUCUUGUCAACCUACGGGAAAUAAACGUUAACGUUGAGCAGAAAAACGCAUGGGUUCAGGCUGGUGCAAGACUCGGCGAACUUUAUUAUAGAAUUGCAGAGAAAAGUCGAACCUUGGGGUUUCCUGGUGGUACUUGCCCAACCGUUGGCACUGGAGGACAUAUCAGUGGAGGAGGGUAUGGAACUUUGAUUAGAAAGUAUGGGCUAGCUGCUGAUCAUGUAAUUGAUGCACGCAUCAUUGACGUGAAUGGAAGAAUUCUCGACAGAAAAUCCAUGGGCGAAGAUCUCUUCUGGGCUCUAAGAGGAGGCGGAGGUGCCAGUUUUGGAAUCAUUCUCGCUUGGAAACUACAGUUGGUGGAGGUUCCAGAAAAAGUCACAGUAUUCACAGUUGCCAGGACUUUAGAGCAGAAUGCAGCAAAUAUUGUUCACCGAUGGCAGUACAUCGCACACAAAUUCGAUGAAGACUUGACCGUUAGAGUCUAUAUAGGAAGGGUCAAUUCAAGCCAAGAUGGCAAACAAACUGUUCAGGCCUCAUUUCAUUCAUUGUUUCUUGGUGGAGUCGACAGAUUGCUUCCACUGAUGCAGCAAAGCUUCCCUGAGUUGGGUUUGCAAAGAGAAGAUUGCACGGAAAUGAGCUGGAUAGAAUCAUCCUUAUACAGCUACAAUCUUCCCAUAGGAUCACCUGAUUUUUUGUUGAAUAGAACUGAGGCAAAUCUACGACACUAUAAAGCUAAAUCAGACUAUGUUCAGAAACCAAUUUCUAAGAAUGGGCUUGAAAGCAUUUGGAAACGAUUUUUGGACAACGAUUCCGGGGAUGCUAGUAUGGUGUUGAUUCCAUAUGGCGGAAGAAUGGAUGAAGUUUCAGAAUCUGCCACUCCCUUUCCACACAGAGCUGGUAAUUUGUACAAAAUCUUUUACAUUGUGAAUUGGGAUGACGAAGAGGCAUCGGAUAGGUAUUUGAAUUGGAUUCGAAGACUUUACAGUUACAUGGCUCCUUAUGUUUCAAAAUUUCCGAGAGCAGCAUACGUCAAUUACAAAGAUCUAGAUCUAGGUGUUAAUGACAAGGACAAUACUAGCUAUGCACGAGCAAGCAUUUGGGGACUCAAAUAUUUUAAGAAUAAUUUCAAUAGGCUUGUUCAAGUGAAAACCAAGGUCGAUCCAUCUAAUUUUUUCAGAAAUGAGCAAAGUAUUCCACCCCUAAACUCAAGAUGGACCAAGAAUGGGAAGUAAGAAUUAUUGGAAAAAAUUCUUAACUUUAUUCUGGAUUCUCAUAGUAAAGUUGCUUAUUGAUUUACUUUUAUUACUGUGAUUAGGACAAUAAAUCGAUUUCACCUGUGCCAACAAAUAUAGUAUUCGUGAAAAGUUAUUUUAUUAAUAAAAUACACCAUUUUAUA